AUGUCAACAGAAGCAUCUGCAAAAGCAGGUGCAAAAGCCGGUCCAAUAGAAGCCUAUCAUGAAAAAUCCGCAUUGAAUAAUGGAUUCAAAGGAGCAAUACAAGCAGGUGCAUUUGGAUUAUUUGUUUCUGCAAUUCAAAAUAGUUUAGGAACCCAUAAACAAGGUGCAAUGGGAGUUUUUACCAGAUCAGGAUCUACAAUCGGUUUGUUUACAGCUGUUGGUGCUGCUUUUGGUCUUACGGAAUCUUUCGUUAGCAAUUUUCGUCAAAGAGAUGAUUCGGUAAACGGUGCAGCAGGUGCAUGUGCUUCUGGGUUCGUCUUUGGUGCUAGAACUGGUUCGGUUCCUACAAUGUUUGGAUCUUGUGCUGGUUUGGCUGCUUUGGUCGGUACUUUUGGCGCUGCAGGUCGUUCAUUGACAGGACCAUACUCGGCCGGUCUGGUUGAUGCUGCAAAAGGAGACAAUGCUCAUUCCGAUAACCCAAACGGACCAGGUGAAGCAGGAUGGCGGUCAGAACGUGAAAGGAGGCGGACAAGCUUCUUCAAGGAGAAGAAGCCAGUUGCAGAAGCCGAAGCAGAAGAGGAAUGA